AUGGCUUUAGACGAAGAUUUGUCUAAAAUGAAAGAUGAGAUCCUUACAAUACUGCCAGAUGUCGAUUGCGAUGUUACAAAGGAUCGAUUGAACUUCUUUGUGUGGGAGUUAAAUUUUCUGGAUAGUUUUCUCUGUUUGCGGAGUUUUGCCUUCGCAGAAGUUUGGAAGAUUAAGCUGGAAUUCAGAGCUAAAUACUCCUUUCCGAAAAUAUCAUCGAUAUCACUUCCAGCCAACAAGGAUGAUGAUAUUCCUACCCCCAAAUUUGUGAUGGAAUUCAUCGAUGAUGUUCUAAAGAUUCUUGGUGAUCUAGUGAAAAUUGAUGAUCCAUGUUCGCUACUUUAUGUUGGCAGACUUAAGGAACAAAUUGAAGAUGUUUUUAAGGAGUUGAAGUUACUGAGACUCUUUAUCUGCUUUGUUUCUAACAAAUGCAUAGAGCCACAAAGCCAACAUUCUUUCUUCACUCACGCUUUAAUUGAGGCUGUUCAUACAGCAAUGGUUGCAUGGUUGAAUUUGCCAAUUCAUGGAAAUGAAACUCAAGACUUGUCUCCUAGUGAGGUGAAUGUUUUGUUUUCUGAUCUCCUGAAAAUGAAGAUUAAGCCCAUUCAGCCAGGCAUUCACAAAAUAUAUAUUGAUGUCCUGCUAGCUUUGAAGUCGACAAUACAACCUGCAGGAUUGCAUCCCAAUAUUCAAAAUAAGCUUGUGGCUGACUGUGGCAUUGUGGAGAAUCCCACACACAAUUUGAUGGAGAUUGUUCCGGAAGCAAAAUGUAUAUAG